AUGAUUUGGUCCUUCCCGGACAUUUGCGAGGCGCCUAAGGCUAACUUAUACAUCGAUCAAUGCGGGACGGACAUGACCUUUAUCGAUGAAGGACCGGAAUUCUUUGAGAAGUGUGGCUUCCAACUGGAGGUUGCGGACAAGAAGUAUACCGCAAGUAAGCUGGACGCCUUGGAUGAUGAUAACCCGUGUUCGGGGCACUGUGAUUCGUCGUCCCUUAUGGGGUCGUUACGCUUUCAGAAGUUGGAGAUCCCGUUUGGCUGA